AUGGAUUCCGUAAAGUCGGCUUCAGAAGGUUUCCGAUCAAGUCUGGCAAUUAAUAUCUGUUUCAAUCCAACCGCUCCGAUCCUUCGAGCAGCACUUCCAGCACUCAUGUUCACGAUCCUCUCCUUCAUCUUGCUCUGGGCUCUGCCCUGCGGCCCACAGCUAAUUUCCAUUGCACAGGGCAUUCUAAAUCUGCUUUACUUGGCAACCUGGACUCACUAUGCAGGUGUCUUCCCUACUCGUUUCACUCUUGUCGAUGCUUGGUUCAUCCUCUGCCUCGGUUUCAUCGGCGUAGCCUUCUUCAUCACUCUCUACGAGCAUCGCCGGCUGGAUAGGCUUUGUGCUGGGGGAUUCUGUGGCGCUGGUGGGGGCUUCAUCGGUCUCGGCAACGGACAAGCUAACCCCAUGGGAAGUGGGGGCUCACCUCCCUCCAUGGGACUGAUGCAUCAACCUUCACCUGUUACCAUGCCGACUAAGUUUGAUAUCUGCAACGAGGCCUACUUUCGGUCAGCAAGUUCCGAACUUAGCAAGGAUUCGUCGGCAGUAAUGAGUCUAGGGACAGCCUUGAGACUACGCUGCGCCAAGAAUGGAGGUCUCAGUGUUUUCGAGCCCAACGACUCCAAUCUCGGACCAAUUAAGAGUCAGUACGCCUCGAGCUCGACCCCUGGUGAUACGACCGCCCUCAAUGGUUGUUUUUUGCAACCACUGGGACCCAUACCACCGAGCUAUUGCACGACAGUGAUUGCAGUCGCCCUGCCUAUCUUGUAUAUACUUGCUGUCAUCGUGUUCUGGGGAUUUUUCGGGGUCCAGGGAACCGUUCCUAAGGCUUGCCUGGGGUUGAGACGUAUGCUCAAGUCUUCAAGCUUGUGGGUUAAAGUGAGAAUCUCCACAAACUCUAAGUUCACCCGCUCUUUGGAAGCGUCACAUCCCGACUACGCCUGGCAAAUUGUGGUGACUACGAGGUCUGAGGCAUGGAUCAGUGUAAGGCGGAGCACCAUUUGUAUUCAGCAUGACGACCACUUCCGCAAACAACGCGACAUAAACGAAGAAUCUCUGCUUGUGAGAUUCUGUCCUGGCGGCAUUCUCAAACCUGUCGAGAGAACCCAAACAGAGCAACAUGUAAGGCCUCUGAGGAAAUUAGAAGUUGAGAAAAUCAUGGUAGGCUCGUAG